GUCAAUGUCUGGCCAAUGUUAAUUAAAGUGAAUUUAGUUCAAUGACUUUAUACCUCAGUAUUGAAGAAUACUUGUUGCUUAUUGGCUAGGAGAAGUGAGUUCUAUAAUGCACUUCAACUGCUCACUAAUCCAGGAUGUAAAAGGAUACAAAACCACUACAUUUAGAAAGUCACAUGGUCCACUGUAAAUGGAGGAGUUUAUUCUGCUUAUAUGAGCAACAUAAGCAAACAUUGAUCAGAAAUGACAUGUUUUAUUAAUGUUUUUUCAGCUUUUUUAACUUGUAUUAAUUAUUUAACACACUGUAAAUACAUGGCCUCAGGAAUUAUAGCUUACAGUACAUUUGUGCAGUAAUUUCCAAUAUCUGAAUUAAACUCCUGGUCUUCUAGCUGUUGUCCGACCUAUGUCCUCUCUCUCAGUAGCUAUGUUUGCUAUGGAGAUCAACGUAGCGAAGGACAUGAGAACAGGAGAGAGCCAAGUUGUGUCCACGGCCACUCUCACUCCAGAAGACUUUAAACAGAAGGGUUUGAAGGUUUUCGAUGAUGGAAGGAAGUCUGUCUAUGCCCUACACUCUGAUGGACAGGAGUCCUCGAAACAGGGGCCGGUGGGCGAAAUGAGUAACCUUGAGGUGGAGGAACUUCUGCGCCAGGCCAGUGAUGCAAAGGUCCCGUCUGAAGUCCAGUACCACAAUCCUGUUUACGCUGCCCCUUACACCAGCAGGCCCUUGACCAACACAUGGAAGCCUGAGCAAGGACAUGUUAGCAACAGUCCUGCGAGGCCCAAUAGUCAACAGACCUCCAGUAUGACCCUGCAUCUUCCAGCCUGUCCUCUACAGACGCUUCCAGGUACCCCGGCCAGAGAUGGAGAUCAGAGCAGGGAAGAGGGGGCUAGCCCCGCCCUGCCUUACAUUCCUAACCUCCACGGUGACGAGCGUCUACUGCAGCCUCAAUCUGGACAGAGCCUUAUCAAUGGUAGCAGUGGCGAUUCAUCCCUACACCCAGAAACAAACAGACUCAGCCCGGUUAUUGUAACAGUUCAUAGUUCAGGAGAAAGCCGCAUUCCCAUUCCGCUGAUAGAGAACCCUGUGACGGAUUGGGAUAGGCAGUCACCAGUCUCCCCCAGCAGUCGUCAGUCUCCAUUCUACACCGAUGGUACUGAGUCCUCCUUCAACAUGGUGAACACUUCGCCACCUCAUGUGGACUCUGAACCAGUGACCAUGAUCUUCAUGGGCUACCAGAACGCUGAAGAGGAGGAAGAUGACGAGAAUCUCCAAGCCGAGUUGGUCGUCAUUGGGAACAGCGGUGAUGGUGAAGACGAUAACAACAGCAUGCCUUCGUACCACCCUCAGGGAUACCAAAGCAAGAUCUUUCAACCCACAGCCAGAUGCAGUAACACAGACGAUACUAGAGAUCACUGGAACUGGAACAAUCUCCAACACCUGCCCACAUUCACCCACAAACCUGGCAAGCAGAGUCCACGCCAGAACAGACAGACUUCAUUCUUAGAAGACCCCACGACUGUAGGUAUCAACACGGGCAAAAAAAAAUGCUACUUGUUAUAUGGGUUUGUCAGUCCCUCUGCCUCUCUCAUCAAUCGUUAACCUUGCUUCCCUUCUCACCUACGCUCACAACCUAUCACUCUCCCUCUGUGAUCUUGUGAGCUUCAUGCUAUGGCUGAUGCCAAAAUUCUCUACGCUUUGGCUGUCUUUAACCUCUUCCGGCUUUACUUCAUAUUGGCAGUCAGAUUUGAUUAAGAAAAAAAACAUGGGAGAAUUAUGUAAUGAUGUUUUGCUCACUUGGUUUUUUGAGACUUUAGUGCCACUCAGUGGCCAUAAGGCUGAACAUAUCAACAAUAAAAUUGCUUUGUCA